AUGGCUAGCGAAGCGACAGAACCCGGGGCCGAGCUGCUGGCUUUCACGCGGUUCCGCGACUCUAGCGCGGCGCGCCUCGCCUAUGGAUACGGCCCGCGCAGCCUGCUCGACAUGCGGGAGAGCGAGUUCGGCCGCCUGGCAGGAACUGUCUACCUUGACCAUGCAGGAGCCACCUUGUUCCCCCAGAGCCAGCUUACAAGCUUCACGAAUGAUCUCAUGAAAAAUAUUUAUGGUAAUCCUCACAGCCAGAAUACCAUCAGCAAGCUCACCCAUGACACUGUGGAGCACGUGCGCUACAGGAUCCUGGCCCACUUCCACACCACGCCAGAGGAGUACAGCGUGAUCUUUACUGCUGGGAGCACAGCUGCUCUCAAACUGGUGGCCGAGGCCUUUCCAUGGGUGUCUCAGAGCCCAGACAGCAGCGGAAGUCAGUUCUGUUACCUCACCGACAGUCACACCUCCGUAGUAGGAAUAAGGAAUGUGGUCAUGGCUAUGAAUGCCACAUCCACCGCGGUCAGUCCAGAGGAUAUGUGGUCAGCCAAGGAACAGGGUGCUGUGGCCUGUGAUCCAAACUGCCAGCUUCUGCAUCUCUUUUGUUACCCAGCUCAGAGUAACUAUUCAGGAACCAGAUACCCGCUGUCCUGGAUAGGAGAGGUCAAGUCUGGGCGGAUGAGCCCCGUGAGCGUGCCUGGGAAGUGGUUUGUGCUGCUGGAUGCAGCCUCCUAUGUGACCACCUCGCCUUUGGACCUGUCGGCUCAUCAGGCCGACUUUGUCCCCAUCUCCUUCUAUAAGAUCUUUGGAUUCCCCACUGGCCUGGGUGCUCUGCUGGUCAAUAAUCGUGUGGCUCCUCUCCUGAGGAAGAACUACUUUGGAGGAGGGACUGCCGCUGCCUACCUUGCAGGAGAGGACUUUUACAUCCCAAGGCAGUCGGUGACUGAAAGGUUUGAAGAUGGCACCAUUUCAUUCCUUGACAUCAUAGCACUAAAACAUGGAUUUGAUGCCCUGGAGCGCCUCACAGGUGGCAUGGAGAACAUCAGGCAGCACACCUUCACGUUGGCUCAGUACACCUAUACAGCCCUGUCCUCUCUCCACUACCCCAAUGGAGCCCCUGUGGUGCGGAUUUACAGAGACUCGGAUUUCAGCAGCCCUGAUGUUCAGGGUCCCGUCAUCAAUUUUAAUGUACUGGAUGACAAUGGGAACGUCAUUGGUUACUCCCAGGUAGACAAAAUGGCCAGCCUGUACAACAUCCACCUGCGAACUGGCUGCUUCUGCAACACUGGGGCCUGCCAGAGGCACCUGGGGAUAAGCAAUGAGAAGGUCAAGAAGCAUCUUCAGGCUGGUCAUGUCUGUGGAGAUGACGUCGACCUCAUAGAUGGGCAGCCUACAGGAUCUGUGAGGGUUUCAUUUGGAUACAUGUCUACACUUGAGGACGCCCAGGCCUUUCUCAGGUUCAUCAUAGCUACCCGCCUGCGCUCACCAAGUGAUCAGCUUCCGGCUGGUCCCAGGGAAGCUGGAGUCCCAUCAGCAGAGGGCAAAGCCCAGGACAUGCCUGCUGUCACAGACAGACAUGUCCUGCCUCAGAAUGACAUCGGCACAGGCUCUGGGGUUUGCCCUGACUCUCAUCCAGGUUCCAAUGCCAUGUGUUUGCAUCCACCACAAAGUGAGGCCACCAGAAGCCAGCAGCUGUCUUUGGAAAAAGCUGCAGGUGCCCUGCAUGGGGACCAUGGGCCACGCGUUGUCACCAACCUUUACCUCUACCCCAUCAAGUCCUGUGCUGCCUUUGAGGUGACCAAGUGGCCUGUAGGCAACCACGGGCUGCUGUAUGACCGGAGCUGGAUGGUUGUGAAUCACAACGGCAUUUGCCUGAGUCAGAAGCAGGAGCCCCGCCUCUGCCUGAUCCAGCCCUUCAUUGACCUGCAGCAAAGGAUCAUGGUCAUCAAAGCACAAGGGAUGGAACCUAUAGAGGUGCCUCUUGAGGAAGACAGUAAACAGGCUCAGAUUUGCCAGAGCAAGGUCUGUGCUGACAGAGUAAACACUUACGACUGUGGAGAAAAAGUUGCAAGCUGGUUGUCAAAGUUUUUUGGCCGUCCAUGUCACUUAAUCAAACAAAGUUCAAGCUUCCAGCGAAAUGCAAAGAAGAAACUUGGAAAAGAUCUGCCUCCUGGCACAGCAGCUACCCUUUCCCUGGUGAAUGAGGCACAGUAUCUGCUGAUAAACACAUCGAGUAUUCUGGAACUUCAGCAGCAAUUAUGCACCAGUGAUGAGAAUGGAAAGAAGGAAUUAUUCCCGAUGAAAGAUCUCAUCUCGCGUUUCCGUGCCAAUAUCAUUACCAAUGGAACAAGGGCUUUUGAAGAAGAGAAAUGGGGUGAGAUCUCAAUUGGUCCCUUGAGAUUCCAGGUUCUGGGGCCUUGUCACAGAUGCCAGAUGAUUUGCAUCGACCAGAAAACUGGGCAACGAAAUCAAAAUGUUUUCCAAAAACUUUCUGAGAGUCGUGAGAGAAAGGUGAACUUUGGUGUAUACCUGAUGCAUGAAUCUUUGGAUUUAUCUUCUCCAUGUUUCCUGUCUGUGGGAUCUCAGGUGCUCCCUGUGUCUAAAGAGAAUGUGGAACUCCACAACUUACCUGCUCUGAAGAAACACCAGGAUGUUAGCUCCUAA